GCAGGCGUGUCCCUACACCACACUAAUGGCUAAUAGGCUAAUUUUUAUCUUCUCAGAAACCCCAAUAAAAGCAUAAGCUUAGCUGCUGGAGAUUUCUCAGUCUUUGGUUGAAAGUGAAAGAGGAAACAGAUUUUAAUAACCCAUAUAACAAACACUUGUACAUGAAGCUGAAGCUCUCCACUAUUAUCAUUAAUUGCUCCUAACAACACCUAAUCACCCUUUUGGCCUCUUCUUCUAACUUCUAAUCCACUGGUGUUCUAUAUUAUGAUAUUUGCCCCUCCAUUUAUUUCCCACCAAAUCCUCUUUCUUUCUCUCUCCUUCAACUUCAAGCCUUAGAAAAAAGAGAGAAAAUAAUUAAAGAAACAAUGGGAAUCAGUCAGGGACUUAAUGAUUCUCACGUCCCACAAAACCCAUUUCUUGAAUCCAACUCUACCUUUUCAAAUCUCUCAACGACUGCAGCAACAGCAAAUCUUGUUUUGUUUUCUUGAAGCAAAAAUACCCAUAAAAUAAAGAAAAGAAAUCAUUUUUUUUCUUGGGUUUUUGUUUUUAAUAUUGCAAGAAAACGCCCUUUUCAUUGCCAGCCAUGACCGAGGUCCUUCACUCCCCUUCCCAUUUCCCUUCUUCGCCAAGCACCACUCUUGUUUCUAAUUCUUGUUCUUGCGCCCCUGACGCAAGUUCCUUAUCCUGCGCAUCCCCCAGGCAAUUUCCCUCAAUACAAAGUAAUGGUGGUGGUGGUGGUGAUGCUCAGGAGGAGGAGGGUUCUCCCGUGACUUUGUGUGACCCAGAUGAGGACUUUGUGAAGGCCAGAGAGAAGAAACAGAGGGAGCAGCUUUCUUUGUUGGCUCUGGUCGUCACCCUUUUUAGGAAAUCUUUGGUGGCUUGCAAGAGUGAUAGAAGGGAGCUUUGUGCCAUGGAGAUCGGUUGGCCAACCAAUGUUCGCCAUGUGGCUCAUGUUACCUUCGACAGGUUCAAUGGUUUCCUGGGCUUGCCAGUGGAGUUCGAGCCUGAAGUGCCUAGGAGGGCUCCCAGUGCUAGUGCAACUGUCUUUGGAGUUUCGACAGAAUCCAUGCAGUUGUCUUUUGACUCCAGAGGGAACAGUGUACCAAUGAUACUCUUGUUAAUGCAAAGACACUUGUAUGCUCAGGGAGGCUUGCAGGCUGAAGGUAUUUUCAGAAUUAAUGCAGAAAAUAGUCAGGAGGAGUAUGUGAGGGAUCAAUUGAAUAGAGGAGUUGUACCGGAAGGCAUUGAUGUACACUGUUUGGCAGGACUUAUCAAGGCUUGGUUUAGAGAGCUCCCAACUGGAGUUCUGGAUUCUCUAUCGCCUGAGCAAGUCAUGCAAUGCCAAACAGAAGAAGAUUGUGCUGAGCUUGCAAGGCAUCUGCCCCCUACAGAAGCUGCCCUACUGGAUUGGGCUGUCAAUCUGAUGGCCGAUGUUGUCCAGCAAGAACAUGUAAACAAGAUGAAUGCACGCAACAUAGCCAUGGUUUUUGCACCAAACAUGACUCAGAUGGCAGAUCCUUUGACUGCCCUAAUGUAUGCGGUUCAAGUGAUGAACUUUCUUAAAACACUUAUCUUAAGGACACUGCGAGAAAGAGAAGAUUCUGUGGUGGAGCCAACUCCUAUUUCACGUCUUGAGCCAUUUGAUGAGAAUGGUCAUCAGAGCUCUUCACAGUCCUGUGUGGAAGCUACUACAAAAGACAAUGAAAAGACAGCACAAACCUUCACUGCUGACGAACCUGUUGUGGAAAGUUCCUGCAACUACAGUCAAAAGGAUGUCAUAACUGAUGGAGAAAAUUGCAGUUGUACUAUCUCUUCUGAGAAGUUAAUUGCCAAAGGAUAUCAAUCUUGCGAUGCUGCUGGUCAGGUCAAUACAUUUAUCAAUGAAUCUGAUGCUGGCAUUGUCAAUGGUCUAAAGGUUUGUAUUCAUGCGAGACCUGGGAAAAGCAAGGUUGGUCAAUCAAGCAGUUCAAAUCUCAGAAAGAUUCCUGGUAAGAUAAAUAGGCAGCAUUCUAUACUUCGUGUGACAAUGCCUGUUGAGAAGACGGCGGGACUUGGCAACUUAAGCUGUUUAGAUUCGAGGAUGGAACUUAUUGAAGCUUGGCGAUGAAAAGGAUCGCAGUUGUUGGACCCCAACUGAUCCUACAAAAGGUGGCUGUCCGAUUUGGAAGUUGUGAGUGUUCGUGAAUUGUUCAUGUAUGUUUUCUGGGUGUUGACUGGUCCAUAGUAUUCAGCUAACAUCUACGACUUGAAAAUUAUAACUACUUUGAUUAACAAUGAAAUCAAUGUUCUGGAGCUAUGGAAAUUCGUUUGUUAACUAGUCAUCAACGCUUAUCAUUGUCAUGUAGAGUUGCUUGAUGGGUUUCUUUUUAUAUAGAUGAGAAUCAAACCGCA